CGGUGCGCGGAGUCCGGGCCCUGGUCGCCGGCUUCCGCCCCGGUACGUGCGCCGGCGGCUUCCUCUCUCCGAACUGGACCCGGCCUCCGCUCACUGUCGACGGCCCUUUCUUUUCCGCCAGCCGAAUUUCCUGUGGCCGUCGUUGUCCCCUCUGGGACGCCCGACUGUGGGGCUUCGUUUCCUACUCCUUCAUUUUUACAUCUUCUUUACGGUGAAAUGGAAAUUUCUGUAAACUUCUCGCCACAGGCGCCUUGGCGGAUGCUCCUGAGGGCCCCUGGCGGUUCUGAUGAGCCUGGUGCUUAGAAACCUGCAGCGCGCCGUCCCCAUCCGCAGGGCGCCGCUGCGCCGCAGGGUGGAGAUGCUGCGGGCGAUUCUGGGGGUCCAGAAGUUCGACCUGGGGAUCAUCUGCGUCGACAACGAGAGAGUUCGGCGCAUAAACAGAAUGUACAGAGAGAAAGACGCCCCAACCGAUGUGCUCGCUUUUCCAUUUCAUGAGAAUCUGAAAGCAGGCGGAAUUCCCCAGCCUGCUUUUCCAGACGACUAUAACCUGGGGGACAUUUUCCUCGGCGUGGAGUAUAUCUUCCAGCAGUGCAGAGAACACGAGGACUACUAUGAUGUCCUGACCGUGACCGCCACCCAUGGGCUCUGUCACCUACUGGGCUUCACACACAACACGGAGGCUGAGUGGCAGAAGAUGCACCAGAAGGAGAAGCAGAUUCUGGAGGAGCUGGGCCGGCGCCUGGGGGCCAGGCUGCAGCCCCUGAGCGGGGGCCCUUCUGAUGAUCAGGGGGACACAGGGACACCUUGCGGAUAGGAGACAGCCCCACCCUGUGGGCCCUGAGGGUCGGGGUGCAGACUGAAGGCCCUGCUGGUGGCGGCCCCUGCAGGGACUAGAUUCCCCGGUGGAUCGACUUUCCUAAAGUACAAGGGAAACCUGUCUGUGUCUGCCGAGAAUAGCAGACAUGUCGCUCUCAGCGCUGUGAAUAAAACAGCUCAAAGCUCGCAGAGGGCGUGGUGGCACGUCUGGCUGCCCCUCCCCGGUCCUGCCUUCAGUGAGGAGGCCUUUCUCUCUGUCCUGCCUCUGCAGCACCUCCAGAGCAGGGAACGCAGCCCGGGGGCGUAUGGUGGGAGGGGAGGGGACAGUCACUGGGCCCGCCCUCCUGCACCACCCACCGACUGCGAAGACAUCAUGGCCACAGCAGUCUCCCGAGGAUCCUCUUUGGCCCUAAAACCCGGUGGUGCCGUGAGUCCGAGAAUUCGGUUUCCCCCAUGAGUCAAUUUUAGAAACAUGGAACCGUGUUCACCUCUG